UGCUUACAAUGCUGUGAACUUUGUGGCUUAUAACGCAUUGUGUUCGCAAAAGGUGGCUGGAUACAUUAUACAAUCAGGGUUAAUCAGCUUUGAUGACUUUGUCUGUUAAAAGGGAAAUUAGCGAGACGUGAUUAUUCUAUUAGUGACAAUAGGCAUAUAAAGUUACAUUUAUUUAAGAACAUGAUCAGAUUAUUGUUCACGGUUCAACAGCAAAGGUUGGGCAAAAGUUAACGAUGAAAUCAUUUAUAUUGACAUUUUUUCUUCAUCUUUUCUCAACCUUUCCUGAAAGAAGUGGUGCGUUAGGUAAUGGUGAUUAUUUGAUCACAAUUCCGAGAGUUUUUCGUGCUGGUGAAAAUGUCAAGCUGGGAAUAAAUAUUUUUGGUACUCUAUCCUGUGAUGUGGAGGUCAGACUGUAUGGUUCAUCAUUCAAUGUCGUCAGGAGGCGCGCUAGAAGUCAUUUUAAACCAAAUGAAGCCGGAACACUGGAGCUUCAGGUACCUAAGGGAUUAUCUCUUGCAAAGGUUGAAGCUACAGUGUGUGGAGUUAAAACAAUGAGAAAAGCAGUUUCGUACAAAGCUUCUCCGCUAAAGAAAGUCUUCAUUCAAACCGAUAAACCAAUUUAUAAACCUGGACAAAAAGUGUUCAUUCUGAUUAUUUGUUUGGACGCUGAACUGAGGCCCGCUGGACCUAAGGUUUCCUCGGUGAUAAUUCAGGAACCAAGUGGUUCCAAGAUUAUGCAAUGGACCGAUGUUCAACUACAAGACGGUGUCGGUAGUUUGGAACUUCAGCUGUCAAAAGAGCCAGUUCUGGGUAAAUGGCUUAUCAAAGUAACCUUUGAGCGAAAGACGGUGACAAAAGCUAUCGAAAUUGACAAGUAUGUUCUUCCUAAAUUUGAACUGGACAUAAAGCCACCAGCAUACUUUGCAUUGGAUCAACGGGAAAUUGUUUUUACAAUAUGUGCGAGGUAUACUUACGGGAAAUUUUUUACUGGUCGACUGAAAACAACAUUGUGUCUCAAGAACAACCAAGUGGAACAAAAUUGUUUGAAAGAAACCAAAAAUAUAACAGGAUGCGUUCAUAUUGAUGCUAAAGAACUAAUCAAUUCACAUACCCCUGUUGGAUAUUAUUUACAUAUUACUGCUAUGUUUACCGAAAUCUCUACUGGGGUUAAAAUAAAAGAAACAGCCCGAAGUCCUAAUAUGGCGUUGAAGUCUAAAGCCAUGUCACUAAUUGAUGUUCCUCAGAAAUUCAAACCUGGUUUUCCAAUAAAAUUUAAGGUCCAGAUUAAAUACCUUGAUGGGACACCUGUAACUGAUGGGACAGUCCGAGUUGACGUGUCUGAACGUCAGCACAAUGUUCAAACAUCAAGAAGAAUAUUCCGCAGGUGGUAUUCUGUGGCAAACGGUGUGAUUGUUGUCCCCCUAGAGAACGUGUCGCCUUACGCAAAGGCACUCACCUUUACGGCCAACUACAACUCAGACCAAUUGUUGAAAGUAAAAACUUCCAAUUCUUGGUACUCUCCAAGUUUGUGUUAUUUGAAAUUGGUCUUACCUCAUCACGGCUUACCUGCGAAGGUUGGAAGCGAAGGAUCUGUGAAAGUCUUUUACACUGUCCCUGAUAACAUGCGAAGAAAUAUUCCAUUCUUUUACAAAAUUUUGUGUAAAGGAAAUCUGCUGUUAUCUGGCGUUACUUGGAGAACACAGGAUUGGCAAACUCUGAAAAAUUCCUCGAAUCGUAAUCAUAGACAAUUUAUGUAUAACGGAAGAAGGAUAGCUGGAAGAUCAAUGAAUAAAUUUGAACUUUUCUUCAAUGUUACUCAAGAAAUGGUUCCGAGUUGCAGAAUGUUGGUAUACUUUGUCAAGAUGGAUAAGGAGACUAUCGGUGACAGUAUUGUUUAUGACGUGGAAGAUAAACUUGAGAAUCAGUUGCAUGUGAAUUUCGUUGACGAAGAGAAAAAGCCUGGGGAAAAAACAACAAUUGUUAUGAAAGCCAAACCUGGCUCGCGUGUGGCCAUUUCUGCCCUGGAUAAAAGUGUUUUAUUCCUGAAACAAUCAGAUGAAAUUUCAAAAAAGGAGGUGAUUAAUUCUGCUGAGUAUUCAUAA